UGCGAAGAUAGUAGGAGAACUCCGGCCGUUGCGAAGAUUGAUCGUUUAGAGCACCGAUGAGCCCUCUUUGGGAUGAAAUUAAAGUAUCUGGAAGCGAUUUUGGGGCCAAAUAACUCCUACAAGUCCACAUAAUACUAGCAAACAUUCAGAGUGGAUGGGGUGGACAUGACUAAAAGGGAGACCAGACCAUCACACUAUGGACUCUGGGAUGCAUCCCGGGUCGGAUACAAUUUGGCAUCCGGGAUUUGGAUGUGGUAAUGGUCUGUGGAGGAUAACUUGUGGGUCCGUCUCCGCAUCCGCCCCAUUAUUUCCGCAUCCGAAGCCGCCAUCCGUCCUCUGCAUUCACGAUACGAACCCAAGUAGUGAGACCCCACCCGCGGGUCUUGCUUUUGGUGCUAACGCAAGCGUUAGACGUCUACUAUUCCACUAUAUUAAGUGUAGUAAGGAUGUUUCUGGAACUUUUUGCUUCCCGGAGCCACUUUGGCACCAAAUUCUAGGGUUGCACUCAGGAGUGCACAGUACCUACGGAACCAAUGAUAGCGCUAUUUUUCAGAAUUCAACUACGUGGUGAUUCACUGGUGUCAAACCACCCAGGCCAAGAAUCCAUGUUUCCUGCAUCGAAAUG